UGCACGGUCACACCGCUUGGGACGCCCCAGGUUAGUUGUAAAUUUAAUAUCAUCAAAAGUGGCGGCCAACGAGAUUUUAGAUGUUCUAUGAGACGCGUUUUACGGUUUAGUAAAAGUUUUUGAUUGUCAAGAAUCUUGCAUCUGGAGAGAUGUCCUACUUCGCGGUCUAUGUACCGCCAUCGAAGGCGGUAUUUGAAGGAAAGCCGGAGCAGUGUGCGGGCUCGAUUGCGGCAGUGAGGAUACAGUCGCUGGAUGCCAGUAAAUCUGGGCCUGGCCCUGGAUCGGGAUUGGGACCAGCGGCAGUGCCGGCGGAGGAUUCCGACUAUCCACCCGACUCUCCGCUUUGGCUGAUCUUCACCGAAAAAAUGCAUGCACUGAACGUCCUGCGUCAAUUCAAGGAUGGCCGAUUGCGAGAGUUCCCCAACCAGGAGCAGGCCAAGAGCUACGUCCAGUUUGGGUUCGAGAGCAUAGAGUCCCCCAAGAGAUUUUUCAAGACAAAGGCGCCAAGCAGCAUUUUUUGUUUUUUACUUUUUGAAGAGAGCAUCAGCAUCGGCUAUAAAAGCUCACCGAAUUCCGCGGAUAAUUCGUAUAGCUCCGACUCGGCCAUAGGAAGCAGCAGUGGCUUUGCCUCCAUGGACGGUAGCUUACAUAUAAGCAGCUCGCCCACAUCCUCGCCGGGGGGCAGUUGCCCUAAUGGCAUUAUUUCCAAUGGCCGUCAGCAUCAUCAUCAGCAUCACCAUCAGCAGGAGCUGUCGGGCAGCGGCAGCGGCGGCGGCGGUGGAGAGCGUACUCAAUUCUGGCCACCCAAUAAACAGGAGUUGCAGGAAUUUCGCCGCCAGAUCGAAUUCGGCAACCUGGAGAGAGUGAAGCGAAUUGUAUGGGAAAAUCCUCGCUUUCUCAUCAGCAGCGGCGACAAGCCCACCUGCCUGACCGACAGCUGUCGCUACAAUGCACUUCACAUCUGUGCCCAGGAGAAUCAGGCGAAAAUAGCCGAGCUGCUGCUAAAGACCAUCUCGGACCCGGAGUUCUCGCAGCUGUAUGCGGGCAAAAAGGGCACCAAUCCCACGUUCUUCUUCACCCUCAACUCUAGUCUCUUGGAUUAUUAUCUGAACAUGCCGGACAGUGUCCGUGGCGAUACGCCGCUUCAUCUGGCGGCUAAAUACGGACACGCGAACGUGGCCGAGGUGCUUCUCGCCUAUCCCCAGUGCAAUGCCUCGCUGGAGAAUAUCGAUGGACUGCAGCCCAAUGAUCUCAUCUGUCAGCGAUCCACGGCCGAGGCCAGCAGGAAACUGAAUGUGCUGUUGUCCGAUCCGCAUUAUGUGCCCGUGCUGAGGUCCAUGGCCAAUGAACUGCCACCCGAAGUGGGUAAACCCUUUUCACCCAAACAGCCACCGAACUUAGAGCCAAAGGACGAAAACGGCCUUUUCAGUGCACAAUUGUUCAUUAGCGCCCUGGCGGGACCAAUGUCCCGUGACAAGGCCUUCAAGUUAUAUAAACGCUGGAAAACACCGACACAACGCACCGACGAGAGCAACAAUAACGAUAUCGUUAAGAUGCCAGACACGCAUAUCGUUGUGGGCGAGUACACAGACAGCUACCGGGAGCGGCACAUCAAGAACUCGGACAUUGAAAAGGGCCUGGAGGUGGUCGGUCGGCAGCUGGCCAGCCAGGAGCAGCUCCAAUGGCGGGAAUACUGGGACUUCCUUGAUGCCUUCGUGGACAUUCGAACGCCCGAGGGACUGGAUCGACUGGAGGGCCAUCUAGUUGCGAAAAGCGAGCAGGCAAAGAAGGAGGAUGCCAUGAUGAACCAUGCCCAAUUGUUUCAAAGUCUUAAUGUGGUGGCCAGCGAGCAGCAGCAGCAGCAGCUGGACAGAUCGUCGGCCAACAUCGCUGAGGUUGUGCCAAAUACCAUCACUGAAUUCCAGACGCCGUACACCUGUGUGGAAAAGUCGCUGCAGGUGUUUGCCAAACGGAUCACCAAAACCCUGAUCAUUAACAUCAAGGAGGUGUUCAUCAACGACAUGGUGCUCAGCGAGCUGAAGAGACUCAAGACUCUAGUUGCUAGCUUUAUGAUUGACGCCCGUUUUACCCACGUGGACUUUAGCAAGGUGCAUUCGCGCAUUGCCCACCUGGUGGCCAGCUAUGUGUUUGACUCGCAGGAGGUGAAUGUGGCAAUGCGAUUGCUUCUGCUCCAGAUGCUGCGAAAAUUACUCAAGCUAUUGGCCCCGGACGAGCGUGGACGGGAACAGCAUUUGGGGUGCUGGUGCAGCAGCUUGUUGCAAAAGUUAGAACAGAAUCCAGGAUCCACCACUGCCCUCCAUCAGCUGCCGGACGCUGUCAAUACCGAGGAGCUAUAUAUCAACGCCUGGGAGGCGGAGCAUAGCUGUCCCUGCCAGUGGGUUGUCCCGCACAAUCUCAGCCGCAAGAGCAGUCGGCGCAAGCGCACCGAAUCCCUGCGAGCCGCUGUUGCCGCUGCCACCACCGCCUCAGCAUCUGAGGAUAACGACAAGACUUUAUUUUACGACUGCCUAGAAACUGCCACUGAGGAUGGGACUAGCAGUGAGGAGGAGAACUUUGGAACGCCGCCAGAGAGCAUGACGCCUCAAUGGACAUACCAACUAUAUAUAUAUGGCAAAGAGCCAACGAAACGGGAUGUUGACGUUCUGAAUGCCAUUAUCAAUGUGAAUUUGGAUGAGGAAACCCGCCCGCGUCUCCAUGCUUGGAGGGCCAACAUGGAGAGCUUCCCCGCCUCGGAGCUGGAACUGUUCCCGUCGCCAAAGAAUGUCCAGAAGGCGAUCAUCAAACCCCCCAAGCCCAUCGGUACCAUCCUGGCCACUCCGAAACUGGGUUCCUUUGGUGGAAUAACAAAAGGAGGGCGACGAGCCAGCCCCAAUCUCAGUAUUCAGCCACCGGCAGUGGCUGUGGGAGCAGCAGCGGCAGCGGAAGUGCGAAUUUUCAGCAGUUCAUUAUCGCCGGUUUUGUCCUUUGAAUCUUUGGCCGCGGCGGCUCAGACAUUCCCGACGGCGCAGACAUUCCAGUCGCCGCUAAACAAGAUGCGGGAACUUUUAAGUAAAUACCGGGAGGUACGAUCCACCUCCGAGCUGGACUCGUCGAGCGGCAGUGGUCGCUGAGACUGCGUUUGGCUAUGUAAAUUUGUUGGAAUUUGUAAAUAUUUUUAAAUGAAUUUCAAAUAAAUUAUGAAUUAAGUAUAAAAACAUA